CGGAUUCACAAAAGUAUCCGAUGAUGAAAAUGACGAGAUAUCUAGGACAGCGUGAAGCGCAGCACUUCGACGAGCAGCUGAUGAGUUCUACGCACGGUUUCAGCAUUGACCAACUGAUGGAGUUGGCGGGUCUCAGUGUGGCUACGGCGGUCGGGAAGCAGUACCCCACUAAUACAAAAUCGACGGCAGCGACCGGCGGGUUCAAGCGUGUGCUGGUGGUCGCCGGCCCGGGUAACAACGGCGGUGACGCGUUGGUUGCAGCACGUCACUUGGUGCAUUUUGGGUAUUCGCCGAGUAUUUUGUAUCCGAAGCGCAGUGCGAAGCCCCUUUUCCAGGGACUGGUGACGCAGUGUGAGCAGUUGAAGAUCCCGUUUAUUGAACAGAUCCAGAACGCCUCGGAUGUGGAUGCCGCGUACGACUUAAUCUUGGACGGCAUUUUCGGGUUUAGUUUCUCUGGAGGCAUCCGUCCACCAUUUGACCACGUUGUCGGCACGCUGCAAAAGUGUCAGACGCCGAUCGUGUCUAUUGACAUUCCGUCGGGAUGGCACGUUGAGAAAGGGAAUGAAAGUGGAGUUGGCUUGGAGCCGCAAAUGCUGGUCUCGCUAACUGCUCCGAAACUGUGUGCGAAGCUUUUUACUGGCCCUGAUAAGGUUCACUAUGUCGGAGGUCGAUUCGUGUCUAAGUCGCUGGCGGAAGAAUUCAACCUGGAGCUGCCCGAAUACCCCGGUGUGGAGCAGUGCGUGAAGGUUCCAAUCCCGUACUGAAGCCAGCAAGGAGAUCUGCGGUCUCGAGUGUGACUGCAAGUGCUCCGUUCUUUCGUGCCAAAUCGACAGUGUCAACAACCUUUCAAUCUAAUUGAUGCCGUUGCAGCUUUGUAGUGUCCUCUUUGUCAUCUUUGCGAUCGGCUCGUCUCAGCACGAAGUGCGUGGGUAUCACCUGUAGUCAGUAGAUGCCUGGCUUAUCACGGUUUCGCUGC